CCUUCUGACGGAGCCGCGUGCGGAGGCCUGUCCGCCGGAGCGGAGCCUGGGCGUCGGGUCCUCGUCCCCCCGCGGCGCCACACCGCGAGUGCAGCCAUGAGCGCCAUCGAGCAGAUGCGGGCCAAUGUGGGGAAGCUGCUGAAAGGCAUCGACCGGUAUAAUCCUGAGAAUCUGUCAACUUUAGAACGAUAUGUGGAGACUCAGGCCAGGGAGAAUGCUUAUGAUCUGGAAGCCAAUCUGGCCGUUCUUAAACUGUAUCAGUUCAAUCCCGCUUUUUUCCAGACUACUGUAACUGCACAGAUCUUGCUAAAAGCAUUGACUAACCUGCCACACACAGACUUCACACUCUGUAAGUGUAUGAUCGACCAGACACAUCAGGAGGAGCGGCCAAUCCAACAAAUUCUGAAUCUAGGUGACCUCUUAGAGACCUGCCAUUUCCAAGACUUCUGGCGAAAUCUCGAGGAAAAUGCUGAGCUAAUUGAUGGAAUAACAAGUUUUGAAGAUUCUGUGCGUAAAUUUAUCUGUCAUGUUGUUGGAAUCACCUAUCAAACGAUAGACAAGUGGCUGCUGGCUGAAAUGUUAGGAGAUCUGACAGAUUCCCAGUUGCAAGCUUGGAUGAGCAAGUAUGGCUGGACUGAGUCUGAACCCGACAAAAUCUUUAUUUGCAACCAAGAAGAAAGUAUCAAACCCAAAAAUAUUGUGGAGAAGAUAGAUUUUGACAGUGUGGCAAGUAUCAUGGCUUCAUCACAGUGAACUCCU